AUAAAGUGGAAAACAAUACAUAUGGGAAAAUAGUAUAUGCUGCAUAAGACUGCAAACAAGAAGCCUAAUUAUUUACUCCUUUGCUGUUUAAUAAUUAGGAUGUCAAAGCCUUCGUCACUUCAUCUUCUCCCAUGGCUGCCAACAUUCUUCCUAUUUGCUCACCUCUUUCAUGCUUCUCUAGCUGAUCUUGGAACAGCAAGCCAGUAUAGCCCACCAUACACACCUACUGAAUGUUAUGGAAGUGAUGCAACACAGUUUCCUUCAAGCAACUUUUUUGCAGCAGCUGGGGAAGGAAUUUGGGACAAUGGAGCUGCUUGUGGGAGACAAUAUUUGAUCAGUUGCAUUAACUCAAUAUUACCUAGAGCUUGUAAACAUGGAGAAACAAUUCAGAUCAAGAUCGUUGACCGGGCACAAACUGCACUCUCUAAGCCUAUUAAGGAAGGCACAACCAUGGUGCUUUCCAAUGCUGCUCUUGCUGCCAUUGCUGAUCCUAAUGCACCUUCCCUCAAUAUUGAUUUCCGACAGGUCUAGAAAUUAAUGUUGCUGCAGGAUUUGGGAGUCAUAUUCUCUAUAUUUCAAGAAUCUGAUUUAUCUUUGGCAUUCUAGAACAUGAUUCUUUAAUUGAUGGAUCCGUCAGUUUUUAUUAGUGAUUUGAC